GUGCACCUCCGCUGGUCCGCGUCCGCUGUCUAGCCAGUGUAGUCUGAAGUACUUGCAGUAGCGGAAAACUGUAUUGAUUAUCACAAAUUCGAUAAUUUCAUUACGAAAUGGAACCAAAUCCUGUGAUUAUUGCAGCGACUGUAAAACAGACAGCAUCCCUUAUUUUUUUACACGGACUUGGUGAUACUGGCCACGGAUGGGCGAGCACGAUCGCCGCAAUAAGGGGGCCUCACGUAAAAGUAAUUUGCCCGACGGCUGCCACAAUCCCAGUGACACUGAACGCUGGGUUCCGGAUGCCGUCGUGGUUCGACCUGCGGACGCUGGACGCAACUGCCCCUGAAGAUGAAGAUGGAAUCAUGAGGGCAACGGGCCUAAUUCAUGGUUUGAUUUCGGAUGAGAUUAAAGCUGGCAUUCCUGCAAACAGGGUGCUACUCGGUGGAUUCUCCCAAGGUGGUGCUUUAGCUUUACAUUCUGCGCUGACUUACCCUGAACCACUCGCCGGAGUAAUCUCUCUGUCUUGCUGGCUUCCGCGGCAUGCUUACUUCCCUGACGCGGUCAAGGCUCCUUUGGACUUACCGAUAUUCCAAGCCCACGGUGACUGCGACCCAGUAGUCCCCUUCAAGUGGGGUCAAAUGACCGCCUCCUUUCUCAAGACCUUCAUGAAGAAUAUCGAGUUCACCACAUAUCAGGGACUGACACACUCCUCAUCAGAGGCCGAACUUAAAGACAUGCGGGCAUUCAUUGAAAGGACGAUACCUGCCUCUAAAUAAACAAUACUAAGUAUACUAUUUUUCGAAGCAUUGGCUUCAAGAAAGUUAAUUAUUUUUAUCCUUAUGAAAUAAAAUUGACCUACAAAAAUGAAA